AUGUCUACAUCACAUAGCGAUUGGUCCGCCUCAAAGGUCAGAUCGACCUUCUUGGAAUUUUUCAAAACCAAAAAAAACCACACCUUUGUUCCAUCUUCAUCGGUCGUUCCUCACAAUGACCCUACCCUUUUGUUCGCCAAUGCUGGUAUGAACCAGUAUAAGCCCAUCUUUUUGGGUACCGUUGACCCUCUGUCCGACUUUGCCACCUUGAAGCGUUCUGUCAACUCCCAAAAGUGUAUUCGUGCUGGUGGUAAGCACAAUGACUUGGAAGACGUUGGCCGUGACUCAUACCAUCAUACUUUCUUUGAGAUGUUGGGUAACUGGUCUUUCGGUGACUACUUCAAAAAGGAAGCCAUUUCUUGGUCCUGGGAAUUGUUGACUGAAGUUUACAAGUUGGACAAGGAUCGUUUGUAUGUUACCUACUUCGGUGGUGACGAAAAGCAAGGGUUAGAACCAGAUUUAGAGGCUAAGAACUUCUGGUCCGCUGUUGGUGUUGCUGACGACCACAUCUUGCCAGGUGAUGCUAAGGACAACUUCUGGGAAAUGGGUGACCAAGGUCCAUGUGGUCCUUGUUCUGAAAUCCAUUACGACAGAAUCGGUGGCAGAAACGCUGCUCAUUUAGUCAACAUGGACGAUCCAAAUGUCUUGGAAAUCUGGAACAUUGUCUUCAUUCAAUACAACAGAGAGGCAGAUGCUAGCUUGAGAAGUUUACCAGCCAAGCAUAUCGACACUGGUAUGGGUUUCGAGAGAUUGGUUUCUAUUUUGCAAAACAAGUACUCCAACUACGAUACCGAUGUUUUCCUUCCAAUCUUCGACAAGAUCAGAGAGAUCACUGGUGUCAGACCUUACACUGGUAAGUUUGGUGCUGAAGAUGUCGACGGUAUUGACACUGCUUACAGAGUUAUUGCUGACCACGUCAGAACCUUAACUUUCGCCAUCUGCGAUGGUGGUGUUCCAAACAACGAAGGUAGAGGUUAUGUCUUAAGAAGAAUCUUGAGAAGAGGCUCCCGUUACGUUCGUAAGUACAUGAACUACCCAAUUGGAACUUUCUUCCAGCAAUUAGUUGAUGUGGUGAUCGAACAGAACAAGGAGAUCUUCCCUGAAAUUGUCAAGGGUGCUCAAGACUUGAAGGAAAUUUUGAACGAAGAAGAAUUAUCCUUUGCUAAGACUUUGGACAGAGGUGAGAAAUUGUUCGAGCAAUACGCCAUUAUUGCUUCCAAGACUCCUGAACAAACUUUAUCAGGUAAGGACGUUUGGAGAUUGUAUGACACUUAUGGUUUCCCAGUUGAUUUGACCAGAUUGAUGGCCGAAGAAGCUGGCUUGAUGAUCGAUGAGCCAGGUUUUGAAAAGGCCAAAGAACAAUCCAGAGAAGCCUCCAAGGCCACUGGUAACAAGGACACCGCUACUUUGGUCAAGUUAGACGUUCACUCUUUAUCUGAAUUGGAUUCGAAUGACGAUGUUCCAAAGACUGAUGACUCCUACAAGUACGGUCUCGAAAACAUCAAGGCUAACAUCGUUGCUAUUUACGAUGGUUCCGCCUUCGUCUCUUCCAUCAGUGAUUCCACCAAGCAAUACGGUAUCUUGUUGGACAAGUCACCAUUCUACGCCGAGCAAGGUGGUCAAGAAUACGAUACCGGUAAGUUAGUUAUUGACGGUAAGGCCGAGUUCAACGUCGCCAACGUCCAAGUCUAUGCUGGUUACGUUUUGCAUACUGGUUCCCUUACUGAGGGUACCCUUAGUGUGAAGGACGAAGUCAUUGCUGCCUACGACGAAUUGAGAAGAUGGCCAAUCAGAAACAACCACACUGGUACUCACGUGUUGAACUAUGCUUUGAGAGAAGUUUUGGGAGACUCUGUUGACCAGAAGGGUUCUUUGGUCGCCCCUGAAAAGUUGAGAUUUGAUUUCAGCCACAAGCAAGCUUUGAAACCAGAAGAAUUGGCCAAGGUUGAAAACAUCUCUAACGAAUACAUCAAGGCGGAUAAGGCAGUUUACUCCAAGGAAGUUUCCUUAGCUGCUGCUAAGGAAAUUUACGGUUUGAGAGCCGUCUUCGGUGAGACUUACCCAGAUCCAGUCAGAGUUGUCUCCAUUGGUGCUCCAGUCGAUGAAUUGGUCGCUAACCCAAAGAACGAGGACUGGAACAAGCUUUCCAUCGAAUUCUGUGGUGGUACUCACGUCGCUAAGACUGGUGAAAUCAAGGACUUGGUUGUUAUUGAAGAAUCUGGUAUUGCUAAGGGUAUCAGAAGAAUUGUAGCUGUCACCGGAAAUGAAGCACAUGAAGUUCAAAGAAUUGCCAAAGAUUUUGACACUGAAUUGAACCAUGCCAACGGCUUGCCAUUCGGUCCAGCCAAGGAAGCCAAGUCCAAGGAAUUGGGUGUUGCAUUAAAGAAGUUGUCUAUUUCUGUCUUGGACAAGCAAAAGUUGACUGAAAAGUUCAACAAGUUGGACAAGGCCAUCAAGGACGAAUUAAAGACCAAGCAGAAGGAAGAAUCAAAGAAGACUUUGGAGGUUGUCAACGAAUGGUUGGCUAAGGAAGAUGCAGGUGAAUACUUGGUCAGCCACAUUCCAAUCAACGCCAACGCUAAGGCCAUCACAGAAGCUAUCAACUUGAUCAAGAAGUCCCACAAGACUAAAUCUAUUUAUUUGAUCACCGGUGCCACCGACAAGGUUGCCCACGGAUGUUACGUUUCUGACGAGGCCAUUGCUAAGGGUAUUGACACUACUGCCUUAGGUCAAGCUGUUUCUACCAAGAUCGGUGGUAAGGCCGGUGGUAAGGGUAAUAUUGUCCAGGGUAUGGGUGACAAGCCAGAAGGCAUCCAGGCUGCUAUCGACGAAGUUGCUAAAUUGUUCAAUGAAAAGUUGUAA